AUGGCGCCCGGCGGUGGUGGAAAUAUCAAGGUGGUGGUGAGAGUACGGCCGUUCAACGGGAGAGAAAUCGAUAGAGGGUCAAAAUGUAUCGUCGAGAUGAAGGAUAACCAGACAAUCCUGUCGACUCCGGAUAAUCUGGGCAAAGGAGUCAAGGACAUGCAGCCGAAAUCAUUCGCCUUUGACCGUUCGUAUUGGUCCUUCAGCAAGGACGCACCCAACUAUGCGGGACAGAACAACCUGUUCGAUGACCUGGGCUCGCCCCUGCUGGACAACGCCUUCGAGGGCUACAACAACUGUAUCUUUGCCUACGGUCAGACGGGUUCCGGAAAGUCGUACUCCAUGAUGGGCUACGGUAAGGAGAUUGGCAUCAUCCCCAUGAUUUGCCAGGAAAUGUUCCGGAGGAUAGACAAGCUCGGCCAGGAGUCCGGCACGAAGUGUACCGUCGAGGUGUCCUACCUCGAGAUCUACAACGAGCGCGUGCGCGAUCUGCUCAACCCGUCGACAAAGGGCAACCUCCGAGUUCGAGAGCAUCCGUCGACCGGUCCAUACGUCGAAGACCUGGCCAAGCUCAUCGUCGGCGGCUUCCAGGAGAUUGAGAGCUUGAUGGACGAAGGGAACAAGGCCCGUACCGUCGCUGCCACCAACAUGAACGAGACGUCCAGUCGAAGCCACGCCGUCUUCACCCUCAUGCUCACGCAGAAGACGAUGGAUGAGGGGACGAAGAUGGAGGCCGAAAAGGUUGCCAAGAUCAGUCUGGUCGAUCUGGCAGGUUCGGAGCGAGCAAACUCAACCGGAGCUACGGGUGCGCGGCUGAAGGAAGGUGCUGAGAUCAACCGUUCGCUGUCCACGCUGGGACGUGUCAUUGCCGCCCUGGCCGACAUGUCGGCCGGUUCGGCGAAGAAGAAGAAGGGCGCCAACCAGGUGCCCUACCGUGACAGUAUCCUUACGUGGCUUCUCAAGGAUUCGCUAGGUGGAAACAGCAUGACGGCCAUGAUUGCCGCCAUCAGUCCCGCAGACAUCAACUACGACGAGACCCUGAGUACCCUGCGAUAUGCCGACUCGGCCAAGCGGAUCAAGAACCACGCCGUCAUCAACGAAGAUGCCAACGCCCGCAUGAUCCGCGAACUCAAGGAGGAGCUGUCUCUUCUGAGGAGCAAACUUGGCGGCGGCGGCGGCGGCGCUGGUGGCAUAGCUCUGCCCUCCGACGAGGUUUACGAUGAGAGCACGCCCUUGGAGAAGCAGAUGGUCAGCAUCACAGGUCCAGACGGGACGUUGAAGAAGGUCUCCAAGGCCGAGAUUGCCGAGCAGCUGAGCCAGAGCGAGAAGCUUCUCUCCGAUCUGAACCAGACCUGGGAGCAGAAGCUCGAGAAGACCGAGGAGAUCCACAAGGAGCGCGAGGCUGCGCUGGAAGAGCUCGGUAUCAGCAUCGAGAAGGGGUUCAUCGGCCUGUCCACGCCCAAGAAGAUGCCUCACUUGGUCAAUCUGUCCGAUGACCCCCUGUUGGCCGAGUGCCUGGUGUACAACCUCAAGCCUGGAACGACGACGGUUGGAAACGUCGACACGAACGCAGACAACCAAGCCAAUAUCCGCCUGAACGGCACCCGCAUCCUCCACGACCACUGCCGCUUCGAUAACACCCAGGAAGGUACCGUGACGGUGACGCCGUCCGAGGGAGCUUCGGUCAUGGUCAAUGGCAAGCGUAUCGAAGAGCCGACGCAGCUUCAUUCCGGAUACCGCAUCAUCCUGGGCGACUUCCACAUCUUCCGGUUCAACCACCCGAUGGAGGCCAGAGCCGAGCGAGCAGAAGUGGGCGGUGGCGGCAGCAGCCUGCUGCGACAGUCGAUAACGGCGAGUCAGCUCCAGGCCAUGGACCGCCCCCCCACCACCCCCACAAGGUCUGGGCAUGAUCGCAGGAUCUCCGAGAUACUGGACUCCAGACCCGACUCGCCCGCAUCCUCUCGCAACGGCCGCGAUUCUGACUGGUCGUUUGCCCGUCGCGAGGCAGCCGGCGCCAUUCUCGGAACCGACCAGAAUUUCACCAGCCUCAGCGACGAGGAGCUCAACGCGCUGUUCGAGGACGUACAGAAAGCCAGGGCGGAACGGGUCAAUGUGCGCGAGGAUGGCGAGGAUUCCGAGUCAACCAUGUCGUACCCGGUGCGAGAGAAGUACAUGUCGACGGGAACCAUUGACAACUUCUCGCUCGACACAGCUCUUACCAUGCCCUCGACGCCAAAGCAAUCCGAGCACGAGGACAAGCUGAAGGAGGCGCGGGAGGAGCUGCAGAGCCAGCUGGAGCGGCAGAAGGAGGAGUUCCAGGACCAGCUCAAGAGCGCCGAGGCGGCCAACGUCGAAGUCGAGGAGAUCAAGAAGGAGAAGGUGCGGAUGGAGAAUGCGCUGCAGGAUCUCAAGGACGACAUGCAGAGGCAGCUCAACGUGCAGCGGAAGCAAUACGAGGACAAGCUCGAGAAGAUGGACCCGCUGAGGCGACCCAAGGCGAACCCCAGGCUGUCCGACGAAGAGAUGGGGCUGGCACGGGCGACGCUGAAGCACUGGCGCGGAAGGCACUACGUCAAGAUGGCCGAGUCUGUCCUGCAGCAUGCCGCGGUGCUCAAGGAGGCCCAGAUCAUGAGCAACGAGUUGGACGAGAAUGUCGUGUUCCAGUUCACCGUCGUCGACCACGGCCACACAGUCUGCUCGUCUUACGACAUGAUGCUCAACGGGCUGACGUUUGAGGGAGACGACAUCGGGCUGGAGGAGGCGCAGAAGCCGUGCAUCGGAAUCCGCGUGGUCGACUACCGCAACAGCGUCGUCCGCCUCUGGAGCCUCCAGAAGCUGCAUGACCGUGUGCGCCAGAUGCGCCAGAUGCACCAGUACCUGGACCAGCCCGAGUAUGCGCAGCACCUGAGCCUCGACAACCCGUUCGUGGAGGCCUGCAUGCCCUCGUACACCCUGAUCGGCGAGACGGACGUGCCCCUUCGCGCCGUCUUCGACAGCAGGGUGCAGGACUUCUCGCUCGACGUGCUGUCGCCGUACACGUCGGGGACGGUGGGCAUCAUCAAGCUAUCGCUCGAGCCGUCCCACGCCCGGGCGCCGACCAACACGUUCAAGUUUAACGUCGUGAUGCACGAGCUGAUCGGCUUCGCCGAGCGGGAGGGCACCGACGUGCACGCGCAGCUCUUCAUCCCCGGGGUGUCGGAGGAGGAGGGCAUCACGACGACGCAGAUGAUCAAGGACUUUGACGAGGGCCCGAUCCGGUUCGAGAGCGUCCACAGCAUGAGCGUCCCGGUGAUGGCGCCGAACGACGUGACCCUGCGGGUGGCCGUCUUUGCCAGCGCGUCGACCAUGCACCUGGACAAGCUCCUUAGCUGGGACGACAUGCAGGAUGGGGCGCCGCUGAGCAACGGCAACGGCACGCGCAUCAACGAGUCGCAGUUCUUCACCCAGGAAAAGCACGACCUGCUGUCGCGGAUCCAGAUCAAGGAGCUGGACGAGAUGGGCGAGUACGCACCGGUCGAGGUGGCGCAGACGAGCGAGCUGGACACGGGGACGUUCCAGCUGCACCAGGGCCUCCAGCGGCGGAUCAGCAUCGACAUCUCGCACAGCUCCGGCGACGCGCUGCCUUGGGGAGACAUAGCGUCCGUGCGGGUGGGCAAGAUCCGGCUGGUGGACUCGGCGGGCAAGACGCCCAACAUGUCGGGGACGGAACCCGACGUGGCGCUGAAGCAGGCGUCGCACCCGAUCUACCGCGAGAAUGCCAACGGGACGCGGUGCAUCUCGGUCAGCUCGCAGUGGGACUCCAGCCUUCACGGUUCGCUGCUGCUCGACCGCGUGACGGCGGACAAGUACAGGGUGCAGAUGACGGUGUCGUGGGAGAUCAGCUCGGAGAAGCUGGCGGAGCCCAUGAAGUUUUCACAGAAGGUGUGCGUGCAGAUCAUGCCGCGAUCGUUCGUGCGGCAGCCGUCACUCUUCUCGGCCAUGUUCCAGAACGUGCGGUUCGUCAAGACGUCGACGGGCAUCUUCACGCUGACGAUGCGCCCGGCGCCCAUCAAGCGCGUCGGCGACCUGUGGAGGAUGAACAGCCAGCACGACUACGUCAAGGGCGAGGAGAACCUGACGAGCUGGACGCCGAGGGGCGUCUCGCUGGUCAGCGACUUCAUCAAGGCGCGCAAGAAGAGGCGUCGCGUGGCCGAGAUCGGCGCCAUGCAGACCAUCCUGGGCAAGAUGAACGUCGACGUCAACGGGGGCAAGCUGGGAGCCGACGGGGAGGGCGCCCUGCGGCCGGAGCCGUCGCCCGAGAUCAGGCCGAUCAUCCCCAACGACGACGACGUGCUCAACGACACGCCGUCGACGUCGCAGGCCCCCUCGGUCGACGACCCGGAGGACAACGCGGAGAGGACGGCGGAGGAGGGGGAGGACACGAUCAAGGUGUCGACGGAUGAGAACAAGGCAGAGCAGACAGCAGAAGCCGACGGGGCCGGAACAGAAGCGGCAGCAUCGGAAGGAGAGGUCAAGGCCAAGUCGGAGUACGACGAGCGGCAGACGGACCUGUUGGAGGGGUGUCUGAAGCUGUGGCAGCGCUACCCCGACCCGCUGACCAAGCUCCUGAGCCCUGCCAACACGGCGCCGCCGACGAACGGCGUGUCGGACGAGGCCCCCGUGCCGCCCAGCCUGAUCACGACGAUCGUCCGGGUGUCCAAGAAUCCGAAGGUGCUGAAGGGCGGGUACCUCCUCGUGCCGAACGACGACUCGACACGCUGGCUCAAGCGGUUCGUCGAGCUGCGCCGCCCCUACCUGCACAUACACUCUGCCGGGGACGGCGACGAGGUGGGGCUGGUCAGCCUGCGCAACUCGCGCGUCGACAGCCAGCCCGGCGUGCUGGGGCUCCUCCACCAACCGGACGACUACGGCGACGGCGGCGGCGGCGACGGCGGUUCAGGCACCUCUACGCCUCAGAACGGAGGAGGAUCGUCAUUCACCCCUGGUCAUCGCCGGACGGCAUCGGGCCGCGUGGUGUCGACCAUCUGGACCGGCGGUGGUGAUCAGCAGCAGCAGCAGCAGCAGCAGCAGCAGCAGCAGGGCAUCACCCGCCUGAGCGAACGUAUGCAGUCUGCCGUAUUCGCCAUCUACGGGACGGACAACACGUGGCUAUUCGCCGCGCGCAGCGAACGCGACAAGAUGGACUGGAUCUUCCGCAUAGAUCAGACGUACAUGUCUAGCAGCGAUAACGGGGACGAAAGAUGA